GGGCAGCCUCCAGCCGUGGUCACAGGGUGUCAUCGCAGUGGUUGUGUUCCUAGUCCUGGUGGCCAUCGCCUUCGUGGUCAACAGGUUCUGGUGUAAGGACAAAGUGACCCACAGGGGACUGUUUUGCAACAGAUUACACAGAAGUGGACUGGAAAAACCAGUUAGUGGGAGAAAACCAUCCCAGGUAUUGACAGUGAUUCCUGCUGAGUGCCAGCACGGUGCUGGGAGUCACCGCUAUGGAGACAAGGGUUGGCACUUGGCACAGCCUCUGCAGACCUGCAGUGAGGGCGUCUCUCCUUGUCCUUGUCCUGCUGGGAAGGAGGCUGAGCAGGGUGUCCGAGGGCAGAAUCACACCCAGGGAAAAUGCUGAGAACGUGGUGAGUGUGGAGGACAAGCCAGAUGCUGUCACAUCCAACGGCCAUGAAGGGAGAUACGUAUCAGCUGCAGCUGACUUCAGGUCCAAAGAGAACGAGCACGCCUACGAGAACACCGUGGAGCCCGAGGAGAAGGUGAUCACCACGGCCAUGUAGCAGCACCCACCUGCCGCCCUCCUCCUGCCACAGGGACCCUCUGCACUGGCACCCCCUGGGAGUGAUGGGGCCCUGGCCUCUCCACGGCACCACCACCUCCUGAUCUCCUUUUCCACCCGUGGGACAUGCUCUUGUCCCUCUGGGGCUGGUGUCCAUAUGGGCAUUGGUCCCCAGGAGAGGUCUGGAGGUGCCACUCUCCUGCCUGGUGGUCACCCCGGCGAGGUUGUUGUCCCAAGUCCCAGGAGGGUGUUGAUCUGUUCAAGACACAGAGGGGAUCCUGCUGGGUGCCUGGGACAUCCCCACACUCCCAGCCGCCCUCGGGGAGCUGCUGAUGGAAAACCUGCUCUUUUCUCCCCAGUUCACCCUCCUUUUUAUGACCUACACCAUUCAUUUGAACGUCAGAACCGAUGAAAUUUUAAUGUCAAACCUCCCCCGCUGUACAUAUCUUCCCGGUGAGCAAUAAAGAGAAUUGUUGCCUA